UUCCUCUUACAUUACUCACAAAGGCUCAGCUCUCAGCUGCAGUCGCCACUCAAAUGAACUAUUUAACCAGCAAAGAAGGUGAGUUUACUAUGAAGCCAGUCAGUCUGUGGGUUGUGUCUGAUUUGUCCACUUCCUCUGGUCGACAAAAUGAUCUUGAAUGUAUUGAAAUUUAUGGAGACUAAAGAUACAGUUCGUGUUGGUAUUAUUGAUAAUCCCUCCUCCUCCUCUCUCUCUCUCUUAUCCAUCAACUAUCAGUCUCCAUUAUACAAUCACAGAGACCUUCAGUAGCCAUACAAUCACUCACUCUUCUAUUAUCACUGGAGGAUGGGCGGGGCUUAGAAAAUGAGGAGGAGCUUGUUGGUCUUUUUAAAGAUAUAGAGAAGUUUAAAAUGGCUGCCUUUGAGAAGAGAAUGAAAGAGUUGGCGUCUUCAAGUGUUUUUGAGUAUCAGAGAGAGUUUCUGAAGAGGGUACUCCAAUUAGAGCCCGGGGCAUCAGCCAUACUGAGCAAUGGGAGGUUGAUUGGUCCUUUGGGUCCUAAGGAGUCAUUCAUUUUUGAUGAUUUGGAAGCUCUUUAUAAUUUUGAGAUCAGUUCCCACGUUCAGACUAUAUCAAAUGCUAUUGAUUCAGUUGAUUUGAUUCUGCCUGAUCCUGAUUCUGAUACCACCGAAUAUCGUAGUGAUCUGGUCAUGAGAUUAGCCUCAUUGUUACGGAGUCAGACUAAAGCAAGACGAUUAGAACUGGAUAGUUUUAAGAAAGAACACAGUGUUCUUUCUGUUCCUCCUCUCUCCUCUGGUCCUGUUAUUCAUAUUCUCCUGAUAUUAGAUCCUCUCUCUCCUUCCUCUCAGAAGCUGUCCCCACUCUUAGGGAACCUCAAGGACCUCCUCCCAUUGAAUAUCACUGUUCUCUUUAACCCUCUCACUAAACUAUCAGCACUGCCUUUGAAGGAGUGAGUUCAAUUAUAUUACAUUUAUUGAUUCAUUUAUGUACAUCUAUUGCACAAGUUUCAAUCCCAUGUUGUUUAA